AUGGACCACAGCACACCCGUAAGCGCAGAAACACAAUCAUUCAUAUUCGAUCCACUCGGGACCUAUUUCGUGGUGAAUCUAGCUGGAGUCAUAUCGGAGACAGGACUAUGGGGGGUUUACCUCGUAUUGUUCUCGUGGGCGAUGAAGUUGCAGUUAACGCGAAGCAAACUUCGAAACCGUGCUAAUAUCCUUAUUAUCGUGGUCACAUUGGUCUUAUUUCUGUCAUCGACAGCAUUAUGGGCCAUGAACGUAUCCCAAUUCGCCAUGGCAAUGCAAGGGUUCUUCUUCAAAUAUCCAGAUCUUGGAUUGUUAGAUCGGUGGUUGGCGUUUAACGCUGAUAUUGUAGGAUUCGGGCUACCCAUGGAGGCGUUAUUUCUCAUCAACAUGCUUGUCGGCGAUUCGGUUGUAAUAUGGAGAGCUUGGGUGCUUUGCCAGAAUACCCGUCUCCAGAAGUUCGUGUACAUCCCGAUUGUCAUGCUGUUAGCAUCUUUUGUUUUCAGUGUCAUCGCGUUGAAUUGCCUCUCAAGUAACGGCUACGGUGACCACAGCAGCAUACCUGCAGGAUCAAAAGCGUGCCGGUGGGGGGAACCGAUAGCUUGGGGGAUUUCGUUGGCGACAAAUGCGGUUUCGACGAGUUUCAUCGCGGUCAGGGCUUGGCAACACCGUCAAUUCAUGAAGCUGGAUUUCGCAGCUCGGAGAUCCAGAAGUCAGAAGGUUUUGAUCAUUCUCGUCGAAUCGGGCUUUGUUUAUUGCUUAUUUUGGUUGACUCAGCUCAAUCUGUUCUUCGACAGAGAAAACGAGAGGAAUUUUGUUAAUUUCCUUGGGGUUUUUCUAAACGCCAUUGGCGACCAGGUUUCGGGCGUAUACCCAACCUGUAUCAUCAUUCUCGUCAACAUGCAUUGUAGCAUUUCCGAGUCUGACCCGAGUAUUCAAAUGUCUUCUUUACCUCCGAGUUCUAACUCGGAUGGGAGUAGGGGGGCGGGAAGGAAACCGUCACCGGGAGUUUUAUCGACUAUAGAAUUUAAUCCUGGGAUUUCGGAGGUUGGAUCUGGAUUCGUUAGUACUAGGAGUGUGGAUGUGGAUGGGGAGUUGUUUAGGAUGGGUGGAAGGAAGGAGACUGUGUAA